UUCCCCCUUUCCUCCUACUCCCUCUUAUUGAGCAGAUCCGCUACAGGAAGGAUAAGAUGAUGCCCAAGCAGACGCCCACCUUCCCAGCAGUCACUGGGGUAAAGGACCUCUCAAACGGGUGUGCCAUUGCCGCGGCCGUCCACCACUACUGCCCCGAUAUCCUCCGCCUGGAAGAUGUCUGCCUGAAGGAGACAAUGUCUGUGGCCGACAGCCUCUACAAUCUGCAGCUGAUACAGGAGUUCUGUCAGGAGUGCCUUGGGGGCUGCUGCCCCCUAGCGCUGGAGGACCUGCUCUACACUCCACCAGUGCUCAAGGUGAACAUCAUGACGUUCAUGGCGGAGUUGUUCUGGUGGUUUGAAAUCCGGAAGCCUGAAUUCGUUAAUCCAAAAGAGCCCCUGGAUUUGGAAGAUGUGUCAGGGAUGAACGAGUGCACUACCCCGACCAGUGGAAACAGCAACAGCGGCUCUCCUGCCUUCGUCUUCAGGCAGCCGUUCCUGCCAAUCGCCUCCCCUCAGUCCCCCAGCCGCUCCGGCCCAGGCUCUCUGAAUCAGUCUACCUCAAUGCCACACGUGGAAGGCGUAGGGAGAACCUGGUCCAAGAAGCAGCGAAGACCUCUGUCCCAGGCGGUGUCCUUCAGCAUCCCGUUCGGUCUGGACAGUGACGUGGAGGUCGUAAUGGGGAACCCUGUCCUGAGCAGUAGCAGCCUGGUCCGCUCAGUCAGCUCUGACAGCCUGAACCCCAGUGUAUUCCAAGCGCCCCAGACCGUCACCCGUGCCACCUACACCCCUCCUGAUGACACGGAUGGCUUCCUGAAGAAGCGUCCGGCUGGCAAGAAUGGACCCCUGGGGCCUCAGAGGGCAACCUGGGGCACCCAGGUGCCCGGGACCUUGGGGAAAAUGAAGGAGGAGCGGGAAGGGCUGGAGAACGGGUUGCCGGAUGACCUGCCUACCAUCGAGGAGGCCAUGCAGAUCAUCCACAGUGAGGGAACGCUGGAGCCCAGGCUGCACCCGGAAGGUGCUCCGGACGAGUUCUACCUGCAUUCCCCCUACAUCCUGGAGGACUCGAGGGGCCGGCUCGACGGGAGCCCGUCCAGGCUCAGCUGCUCCGCUCCCUCCCGCUCAGGCAUGAUGCAUCGAGUUCCCGGGGAGGUGGCGGCAGCCGGGUUAGGGUUUCCCUCGGAGCGGGGCUGGCGCCAGCGGAGGACCUCCGAGGGGUCAAGGAUCUCCCGGGAUGACGAUUCCGUCCUGAGGGACAACAGUCUGGAUUCGGAUGAGGAGUGUCCCAAGCAGCAGCCGAAGCAGGACGAUUGCCCUUCUGGCCUCAGCUCCCACCCGGACAACAGCAACAGCAACCAUGAUUCCCGUAGCAGUACUGGGGUCAGGAUGACCAACUUCGCCGAGCGCAAGAAGAAGUUGUCCACCAGCGAAACCCCUAAAGACCCAGCAGAGCCGCAGAUGGUCACCAGUGCCCAGAAGUGUGAGGACAGCCCGGGGAAGAGCCCUGCCCUGAACACAGAGAUGUCCCAGCUCGGGGCCAGGCUGGAGGAGAAGAGGAGGGCCAUCGAGGCGCAGAAGAAGAGGAUCGAGGCCAUCUUCGCCAAGCACAGGCAGAGGCUGGGCAAGAGCGCCUUCCUGCAGCUGAAGAGGGAGGGAGGUGGGGGAGGCAGUGACCCAGAGGGAGAGGAGGAGACGCCCAAGCUGUCCCUGGAGGAGAGGCUGUCCCGGAUCGAGGAUGAGGAAGAGCUUGACACCCCCAGCCCUCUGAGGACCCUGGAGAUCCCAGAUUCCAAACCCUGGGAGCCCAAAUCCCACCCGGAAAAGCAAGUCACCUUCUCCCCGGAGAUCGGGAAGGAGAAGCUGGAGGACGAAGCCCAUCUGGGAGAGUACAACAAGGCUGUGAGCAAGCUGAAUGCAGCCCUGAGCUCCCUGCAGAGCGACAUGCAGCGGCUCUCCGAUCAGCAGAAGCAGCUGAUGCACAAGAAGCCUGCCACCAAGGCUUGGGUCAUCCCAGCGAGCUCCAAGCCCACCGCAGCCACCCCUCCCCUGCCGUCCUCCUCCCAGAGGCUGUCCCGCGACCUCCAGCUGAAGCGCUCCAUGGACCUGUCUUCCUCCUCCCCUUCCCCCUCACCUUCCAGGAAACCCCCCUCCUCCUCCUCCACCCCCAUGACCCCCAAAUCCCCUCAGCCAGCCCACAGGAGAGCCCAGUCCGCCCCUCCCAAGAGCCCCAAGCACUCCCGGCCACUGGAUUUGAAGUUCCCCCCUCUGACACGAGUGCUGACCCCCCCCAAUAACGUGGACACCCUCCCGCACCUCCGCAAGUUCUCCUCCAGCCAGUGCACAGUUCAGACCUCCUCCUCCUUCAACAUAGGAGGGGAGAGAGCCAGCAGAGCCCCCGUGACAGAGGAUGACUCCUCUGAGACCGGCUCCAGCGAAGACCAGCUCUUCAGCUUGGAGAUGGAGGGCAACGUGAGACCCUGGGGCAGGAAGGAACAGGAGGGGGGCAGCAGCUCGGGGGCCCCCUCAGAGUGCUCCUUCGAGAGCGACCCCCAGCCCCCGGGCCCCACGCUCAACGGGAAGCGAUCGAGCCUGAUCGAGAUUGCGCUGUCCUCUCUGAGAGCCCCUGACGAGGAGGAGGAGGAGAACGGCAGCGACUCCACUAGCGAGCAGAGAGGAGGGGUGGGCUUCUUCUUCAAGGACGAGGCGCUACCGGAGGAUGAGAUGGCGCAGAGGAGGGCGGCUCUGCUGGAGAAACAGCAGAAGAGAGCGGAGGAGCUGAAGAGGCGCAAGCAGUGGCAGGAGCUGGACUCCAAGCCGGCAGGAGAGGUGGGGGAGGUGAAGGUGGAGAAGCUGGAGAAGCCAGAGCAGCCGUCUCGUCCCCUGGAGAAGGGGGCGCGCAGGGGAGACUUCACCCGCCAGGAGUACGAGCGCAGACACCAGCUGAAGAUCAUGGAGGACCUGGACAAGGUUCUGAGGCAGAAACCCACCACCGUGCGCGGGGUCAAGAAGCAGCGGCCCAAGACCGUGUUCAGGGAUGAUUCUGUGCUCUCGCGAAGCCCUGUCAAGGGAUACCUGGGCUCCAGGCUGAGUAAAGUCUACUCACAUUCCACCCUCUCGCUCUCCACUAUGGCCAGCGACACGGGCAAGAAGUCACCCAGGGCGCAGUCCCCUUCUGGGUUGAAGUCACCGAGCCGCCUGCAGUCCAAUCAGAACGGAGAGGACUGGGAGAACGCCUCGACCGCAUCAUCACCGGCCUCCAUCCCAGAAUAUACCGGUCCCAAGCUGUUCAAGGAGCCGAGCUUGAAGUCCAACAAGUUCAUCAUCCACAACGCCCUGUCUCGCUGCUGCCUGGCAGGCAGAGUGAACGAGGCCCAGAAAAACAAGAUCCUGGAGGAGAUGGAGAAGAGCAAGGCGAACCACUUCCUGAUUCUGUUCCGCGACGCGAGCUGCCAGUUCCGAGCCGUCUAUUCCAUGAACCCCGAGACGGAGGAAAUGCACCGGGUAGCGGGCAUUGGGCCGCGGGUCAUCAGCCUGGGCAUGGUGGAGGGCAUCUUCAAGUACAGCUCGGACCGCAAGCAGUUCACCCCCAUCCCCUCCAAAACCAUGUCCAUGAGCGUCGACGCUGUCACCAUACAGGGGCACCUGUGGCAGAGCAAGCGCCCCGGGACCCCCAAGAAACCAGGCACCCCCAAAUAAGAACAGGACCCAGAACGAGACCAAGAGCGAUAAUAAAGAUAAUGAUGAUGAUGGUGAUAAUAAAAAUGAUCAACACUCAUUGAUCGGGAUCCUCUGUCAAAACUACCUUUAGAUAUGCUCUGACUAGUGUUGGCUGUUUCUCUUGGCGCCUGGCUUGUCCAAUGUUAAACUCCCUCCCCAGCGAUUGUGCAGACGCCAGCCCGAAAGACGCCAGCCCAGAGAACGCUGCGACUGAAUCAUCGUGGAAAUUGGAUACUGCGAGAAUCUGCUGUUGGAAGAUACUGGAAUAGAAAUUCAUACCGGAUUCUUUGUGAAUGUGUGACUAACACAUUAUUAUUAUUAUUAUUAUUAUUAUUAUUAUUAUUAUUAUUAUUAUUAUUAUUGGCAUCUUUCCCCAUAACACUGAAUGCUGAAGUAGUAUAUUUCUCUGGUACGUGCCAUUUAGAUUUUGCGAGAUCCUUAAAUCCUUUAUGAAUGGAGCCCAUGUGUGAUUGGGAACAAAGGUCGUAGAAAACAUCCUGUUUACCUAUAUUUACAAUAUCGUUCUAGUAAGCCAACCAGCCAGGGCUAGUUUUUAUAUGACGGAGGCAGAAGCAGACUGUUCCCUCAAUGCUCUGCCUGGGCUGAAGAUAAUGGAGAGUGUGGAGGUCAGUGUGGGAGUUGACUGGUCCACCCACAGUAGAAUCAGAAUGGAAGAGUUGUCCCUGCUAGUGGUUGUGGUGGAGCCCAGGACCUGAAGGAGCCUGCUGUCUGCCAUGCUGGGGCGUGAUGUCAGUGGGGAAUCCUGACCCCCAAAGACCCCCAGAACAAAGGCGGCAGCCUGCUGUAGGGGCUCUCAGAGAGACAGUACUGAUGCUCUACUGGUACCCAGGACUACCGCCGUUACCUUCCUUUACAUACUGCGCGAAAUGAAAGAAUUGAUCUGUAAAAUACUACUGAAUGAUGUUCUCCCCACCCUCGCACCCAGCGCUCCGAUUUUGGUUCAUUCCUCUCUCUGUGGUGGAGGACGCUACAUCAUGGCUUCAUCUGUCUUUUUAUUAUUAUUUGACAAGGUAAUUGACAACAUAAUGUGUGUGUGACCUUUAUUGAAUGCACUGUACAGUCUUUAGAGACCGGGGAGGUUGCGUUGCUGUUUUUACAAUGCCUUGUAGGUGGGAUGUGUGUGUCAGCAGAUGAGGAAAGGCAAUGCUAGUCGUUGCAUGGGCAUGGAGUCUCAGCCCUGUGGGUGCACGGCUCUGCUAAAGCAUGAGUUUUGUGAGCCAGGCUCUUGAGUGAAUCUGCAAUGGCAGAUAGCGUUGGACCAAUUUAUGAAAGAAAGAAAAAACAAAACACAUCAAAGUCAGAAAUGGAUUGCAUUCUACAUAUAUAAAUAUAUUCAUGUGUUUCCAAUCAGGAGAUGGAAAAUGUUUUUAUUCUUCCAGUUCUUGUUUUUUUUAGUUGGAUGAUGAAUUUUCUCUCACAUGAUCUCCUGGAAUAAUAAUAAUAAUAAUGAUGAUGAUAAUAAAAACUUGUGCGUGUGUAAAAGAAGAAAAAAAAUUACAGUAAAACAGAAAAUUAUAUAUAUCUCUCUGAUGGAAAUCAUCGCUAAAGAAAACGAAUCAAAGAAUAGCUGUAUAUUUCUGAAAUGAUUUCAUGUUUUUGAUUUGAUUUGCAAUGGUUUGUAUGAAAUGGAGAUGAAGUUGUAAAGUAUGUUCUGAGCGAGCGUCUGCUUGGGAAGGGAGGGGACAGCUGGAGAGAAGCAGAGGAGUAAACCCGUUUCCACCCCAUUGUCUCUCCUGCAUUGUCUGCUGUACAGCUUCUUAAAGGAUGUAGAUACCAAAACACUUGACUCUUUUUACUGUUUUGUACAACGGCACUCAGAGUUUAAAACGAAGAUAUUUGUAACCCUUACAGUCCCAAACCUAAUGUGUUCUUCUUCUUUUAGAUUCGCUCUGUAUCGCUUUCUGUUUCAGCCUUCCACUUUAAAACUUAUAAGAAAUUCACUGAAGGCAACACUGCCAAAAUGUUUGUCUGCUAUAUUUAAAAACACAGAGGUUUAAAACACCCCGCAGCCCCGACGUUGUCUCUCUAGGAACAGCUGGGACACCAGACUGCAACGAUGAAUUCAUCCCCCAGGCAACACUCUAGUGCAGCGAAUGUAAGAAAAAAACAAUCCUUUAUGAUGUAUUUCUUUGUGAAGUACACCUUCUAUCCACCGGAGGCAGCGUAUUGUACUUGGAGAGAAUGAGUUUUAAAAAUCCCCAAGAUUGGACGAUGGAAACAGAAACCCACAUGCAAAGCACUGCAUGAGCUGGGAUGACCAGACCAGUUUACCAUCAAACUUCAGUUUCCUAUCAAACUUCGGUUCCCUUUUCACUGGCCCUUAACUUUCUUUAACUUGGAACAAGCUGACUUCAUGAACACUGUACCUAUUGUUACAUAAUCCCUUAGUGUGCAUGUGAAUGUUACUCUCGGCUCCUGUCAGCGCACAAUCCUGUAAUCGAGACGUGGAAAACGCUACACAAACAUACAAUUCAUGCAAUCCGUCACUCGGAAUUCAGCAAAGGUCUGUAUCUCUGGGAUUCGUUGUUCAGACUCUGUUAGUAUGUGGAGGACCGUAUGAUUCUUCCUCAAAGUGAAUUGUCAUCAUGGAAAACAAACCAUGAAUGGGAAUAAGACUAGCAGUUUGAUCCAUUCCUGGUUUUACUAUGAGCUUAAUAAGACACACCUGAGCUUCUCAGCUAUGCACCAGAGGCUGAGCAAGCACAUACUAAAACCUGGAAUGGGUGAAACAGCUAUGCAAUAGGAGUUAUUUUCACAUUCCCCAUUCAGUUACAAUCCACCAAGAUGCAAUGACAUGAUGACACGUUUGAAAGAUGAAGAUAAAACGUUAAAGAUUUUUAUUUUCCUUUCUCUUUUAAACCUCUGGUCCUUUUCUUCCAAAGCGUUUCCCCCAUUCUUUAAUGAACUUGAAAAAUGUUAAUGUUACAAAAUGAAGAACAAAACACGCUGAGAGCAUUGCAAGAUGACUUGAAAUCUGUCACCCAGUAGUUUUGGUUCUAGUUUUGUAAAAUGAAAAGGUGUAUUAAAACCCUAGGAGUUAAAGACUGGAGUAAACCCUUUGAGGACAUGGGUUCCAGCCUGAGUGGCGGCGCGCUGUUUCGGGUCCCGCAGUGCUGGCCGCUCUUGGCUGUUCGUUGCAGUGCUAGGGUUUCUCCUUGGAAUUCCUUAUUUGUUUUUUCACAGCUGAUAAUGGCACCAGUUCAUGUAUUCGUUCUUGCACUGUUUCAGCUCUUCCCACUGCCUUUUGUGUUUUUAAAUUAAUGUUCCUUCAGAUUCAAAUUCAGCUCCAGUUUUGUGUGCAAUGCUACUGUAUGGAGGAUGCCUUGCUAAGCACAGGCGAGAUAUUUAUUGAACAGAAAAGAAGCAAUGUAUUUAGCUUGUAUGAUUGUUUUAAUUUAUGUUGGGUAUGAACGGGAUCAAGAAGAAUUUUGGUUUCUUAUAAUUCUUUUGGUUGUACAUUUUUUUUUUUUUUGUGCAGGAAUGACAUUCUUGUUUAUAAAAAAAUAAAAAUAAACACACAGAGAAAAAAGUGUCCCUUGUGCUACCUAAAGUGGCCUGCCUUGUGACUGUGUAUAUAAGUAAAGAAAUAAAUAUAUAACAGGUAUGGUCAUGUGGAAAUAAUGAAUAAACCUCUUUUAAAUGACA